AUGGCACAGAAUCCUACCAUUUUUUCCGGGGUUCUUAAGUCUAAUGUGCCUGUGUAUGGAACUAUCUCUACAAUUAGGUCACUUGAUAGAAGAUUUACACAUUCCAGCACUAGAAUCUACCGCCUUAGAAGAACUAUAGAAGAUGGUAUACAGAAUAAAAGGUUAAGUGAACUUAAUCUACGCGAAGCCAACGCAUAUGACCCACGCCUGGUAAUUAGAGCCGUCGAAUCGUGCUAUUCGAACACAAUACCAAAGGAUGAGGGUAUUUUAAAGGAAUAUCUAAAGGCGUUGGUUUUUACCAACUCUCUGGAUAGCAGAUCUCUCAAGUCGUUGGUUGAUACAAACAGUGACACUCUCUCAGGAGAAAUCUUCAACGAUAAUCGUGGAAACUUUCCCGAGAAUAAAGAAAUGUAUCUCAAAACUGAUGAUAAGAAUCCUAUUCAUGUUGUUGUUAACUCCCCUAAUGGUAAUACCAAUGGCUUUUUGAAAUUCUCAAGGAGACUUUUAUCGAUUGGAACGAUCGCAUUGUGCUUUGGGACGUUUUACUUGAUGCUAAACCAAAACCUCCAAAGGGGCAUAAAAUAUUCAUUUAAAAUAGUUUCUCCAGAAGACUUAGAUACGACUUUUGACGAUGUGAAAGUUAGAAAUUCAUAUAUAUCGACAUUAAUAAUUCAGGGGUGUGAUGAAGUCCGUGAGGAGUUAGAUGAAAUUAUUGAAUAUUUGCGUAACCCCAAAAAAUUUGAAAAGCUUGGAGCUAAAUUGCCCAAAGGAAUAUUAUUAGCAGGAAGUCCUGGUACAGGAAAAACCCUGUUAGCUAGAGCAGUAGCUGGUGAGGCCGGCGUACCAUUUAUCCAUUCAUCCGGUUCCGAAUUCGAAGAAAUGUUUGUAGGCGUUGGUGCGCGCAGAAUAAGAGAACUAUUCAAAACUGCACGCUCAAUUUCACCAUGUAUAGUCUUCAUUGAUGAAUUGGAUGCUGUCGGUUCAAAGAGAUCGUCCACUGAUCAUAGUAGUGUUAGGAUGACUCUCAACCAAUUAUUGGUCGAAUUAGAUGGUUUUGCAAAGUAUGAUGGAGUUGUUGUACUUUGUGCUACAAACUUUCCGGAAAGUUUAGAUCCUGCACUGAUAAGACCUGGAAGAUUGGACAAAACAAUUCACAUACCCCUUCCAGAUUAUACAGGUCGUUAUGAAAUCCUCAAGUUGUACAGUAAAAAGAUAUUAUUAUCACCGGAAGUAGAUUUAAAAACUAUUGCAAAGAGGACAGUUGGAAUGACCGGAGCUGAUAUUUUUAAUAUUUUAAAUAUGGCUGCUCUGAAAUGUUCUAUACAAGGACUAGCUUCUGUUACAACAUCGGCUAUAGAAGAGGCAUUUGAUAGGGUUGUGGUUGGGCUCAAAGGGAAACCACUCGUUAAUGAUCGUGAACGCACAGCUACUGCAUAUCAUGAAGGGGGACACACACUUGUUAGUCUUCAUACCCAAGGCACAACAAAGGUCCACAAGGCUACUAUAUUACCAAGGGGACGAACUUUGGGGGUGACCUGGAAAAUACCUGAAGAAAAAUAUGAUACACGCAUGGUGGAACUAAAAUCUGAAUUGGAUGUAUUAAUGGGUGGAAUGGCCGCGGAAGAAGCGAUUUAUGGGAAGGAAAACAUUACUACAGGGUGUCAAAGUGACUUGGAAAGAGCAACAGAAAUUGCGAGAACAAUGGUAAUGAAAUUUGGAGUUGGUUUGAAGAACGUGAGCGGGCCUAUGUAUAUUGACACCAAAAGAUAUCCGGAGCUUAGUGAAGAGCUUAGGAAGAAAAUAGAUUCUGCAGUUCAAACCCUACUAGAUGAAGCAUACGAAAGAGCAUCAUCGGUAAUCAGGAAUAAUAUCGGACAAUUACAUAACUUAUCAAAGGCACUCGUACGGUACGAGACACUUACCUUGGAAGAAAUCAACAAGGCCGUGGACGGGAAUAUAGAAGAAAUCGCAGUACAGCGCAAGCUAAUACAAGAAUCAAAAAACACAAGCUCCAGACUUAAAGACACAAUAAAUGUAGCGGGAGAUUUCUUACCGGAACCACAACAUUCUUUCAAAUCACAUAAAAUGUAA